AUGGGGAAUCUCACCAAACUUGUUGAGCUAUGCUUGAAUGCCAACAAUCUGACAGGUCCCAUCCCUUCUACCUUGGGCAAUUUAAAAAGUCUAACUUUGUUGCGCCUCUACAACAAUCAACUCCCUGGGCCUAUCCCAACAGAAAUAGGAAAUUUGAAGCACCUCCGGAAUCUAAGCCUUUCCAGUAACUAUCUUUCAGGUCCAAUCCCCAUGUCAUUAGGUGAUCUGAGUGGCCUAAAAUCUCUGCAGCUCUUUGAUAAUCAACUUUCUGGCCCCAUUCCUCAAGAAAUGGGAAACUUGAGAUCUCUUGUUGACCUAGAAAUAUCCCAAAAUCAACUCAAUGGUUCCAUUCCUACUUCACUGGGUAAUUUGAUCAACUUAGAAAUUUUAUACCUCCGUGAUAACAAACUUUCUUGUUCCAUUCCUCCAGAAAUUGGGAAACUUCAUAAGUUGGUUGAGCUAGAAAUAGACACGAACCAGCUAUCUGGUUUUUUACCAGAAGGCAUAUGCCAAGGUGGAUCUCUAGAGAACUUCACGGUGUUUGACAAUUUUCUCAUUGGGCCCAUCCCCGAAAGCUUGAAAAAUUGCCCAAGCUUAGCCAGAGCUCGGCUCCAGGGAAACCAACUCACUGGAAAUAUAUCCGAGGCAUUUGGGGUCUGUCCAAACCUGUAUCACAUCAACUUGAGCAACAACAAGUUCUAUGGGGAACUUUCUCAAAAUUGGGGAAGGUGUCACAAACUACAAUGGCUGGACACUGCCUGGAAUAAUAUCACAGGGAGCAUACCAGCAGAUUUUGGAAUCUCAACUCAACUAACCGUGCUUAAUCUUUCUUCAAAUCAUUUGGUUGGGGAAAUUCCAAAGAAGUUGGGAAGUGUAUCGUCUCUGUGGAAGCUGAUUUUGAAUGAUAACCGACUUUCCGGGAAUAUACCACCUGAACUUGGAUCGCUUGCUGACCUUGGGUAUCUAGACCUGUCAGGAAAUAGAUUGAAUGGGUCAAUACCAGAGCACUUGGGUAACUGCUUGGACUUGAAUUACUUGAACCUGAGCAACAACAAACUCAGCCACGGAAUUCCGGUUCAGAUGGGCAAGCUCAGUCACCUCUCCCUGCUUGAUCUGAGUCACAACUUACUUACAGGUGAAAUCCCACCACAAAUCCAAGGUUUGCAGAGCUUAGAGAAGCUUAAUCUAUCCCAUAACAACCUAUCUGGUAUCAUUCCAAAGGCUUUUGAGGAUAUGCAUGGCUUGUGGCAAGUCAACAUAUCUUACAAUGAUUUGCAGGGUUCCAUUCCCAACAGCGAAGCAUUUCAGAAUGUUACCAUUGAAGUGUUGUAG